CGACCGAGCUCCACAGCCUGGGAUGAAACCAAACCCAUCCCCUUUACAAGUGCAGAGUUAGUCAGGAGAAGUUCAUGACAACCUUUCCAGGAUGUUUUUCAGCUGGAAGAGCUGUUGCUGUGCAGGAGGCAGCACUCCUCCGCUGCUCCUGCUCUGUGGCUGGUGCCAUGGGAAGAGUUUGCCACCUUUUGUCCUCCCCUGCCUGUGCUGUGACAUCGCUGUUGACUUCAAGCCCCUCUUGCUGCACUGAGAAACACAACGGAGUUUGCCAGAGAAAGGAUUUUUGUGUGGUUCCUUGUGGGGCUUGUUUUUCUUCUCUUGGCCACGGCUCAAGAAUGUCCCGAGUUAACUUUUCGGACAGUGCGCUCCAGAGCCUCAACAGCGAUGUGCUCUGUUUGCUUUUUCUGACACAAAUAAAGCUGGAGCUCUGCCAGGGAGGAAGGGGAAGGAAGCCAGGGAAAAAAGAAGCUGUGGUGUGAGGAAUGUCUUUUGCAGAAGUGCCUGAGGGAAAGAAACGAGGAGGGAGAGCCGGGAAUCUCCAGUCAUCCAGUCCAUCCCAGGGAGGCUCGGCACCUCUGCUCCUCCAGGACGAGCUCUGGAUUCCUCUCAAACCUUCCUGUUGAGGUUCAAAGAUGAAGACACUCCAGAGGAAUAUAAGUGUAUUCCAGCAAACUAAAAUUCUCUUGUGGAAAAAUGUCCUGAUCAAGUGGAGGAUGAAGAUGCAGAGUUUUCAGGAGUGGAUCCUGUCCCUGCUCUUCCUGCCCCUGGUGUUCAUCGUGUCCUCGUUCACGCUGCAAAUCCACUACCCUGAGGUGCCCUACAGCCCCCUGGGCCACCUGGAUGACCCUGCCUUCAAUGCCACCGGCGUCACCGUCACCUUCACCCCCGCCACUGCCACCACGAGACACAUCAUGAGCAAAGUGGCCUCCAGCUCUGUCAUGACGGGUAUAAAACUAGAGGAACUGGAUGAUGAGAGAGCCAUGGAGAAAGCCUGGAUUUCAGAUAAGGAAACUAUAGGAGUUGUAUUUAAGGACAACUUCUCCUACCACCUCAGGUUUCCUACCUCCCACGUGAUAAUUCCCAAUGAAGUCAUUGGAUACAUAGACAGCUGUUAUAAUUUCUCCUGGAGGCACUGCAACAGCCCAAGUUACUGGUACAAAGGCUUCCUGUCCCUGCAGUCCAGCAUUGAUGCUGCCAUCAUAGAGAUGGUGGCAAAUCAUUCAGUUUGGGAAGAAAUGAAAUCCAUUGCUGGUGUCAGAACAAAGUCCCAGAGCAUCAUCUUCUCCAUCAGCCUGGAGUACAGCUACUUCAUGAUCGUUAUCGUCAUGUGCUUCUUCCCCUUCAUGUAUUUCUUAUCAAGGAAUGUCACACGAGAGAAGAAGCAGCUCAAAGUGUUGAUGAAGACCAUGGGGCUGCAGGACAUUGCAUUUUGGCUGUCCUGGAGCUUGCUGUACUCUCUUUAUGUGCUGAUCUUCUCCUGCCUGCUGACAGCCCUGGUGCUGUGGGAGCCCUUCUACACCAGCAGCUUCCCUGCAGUCUCACUCCUGUUCUUCCUCUAUGGCCUGGCGUGUAUCCACCUGGUUUUCAUGCUCUGCUCCCUCUUAAGGACCUCCAAGCUUGUCAGCUCCAUGGGCUUCCUCAUCAUCUUUAUCUUCGGGUUCCUGAGCCUGGCGGUGCUGAUAGAGGAUGUCCCCGAGCCUCUGAAGUGGUUUCUUGGUCUCAUGUGUCCUUUUGCAUUCAACACUGGCAUUGCCAAGAUUUUCCAUUUAGAGAAAUACAGAAUAGGUUUCUCCUUUUCCAACCUUAUGGAGGAAGCAUACUUUUUAUUUUCAACAUACAUACUGCUGGUGUUUGACUCGGUCUUGUACAUGUUGCUGGCUCUGUAUUUUGACAAAAUUCUGCCAGGCAAAUAUGGGAUCCCAGAACCUCCCCUGUUCUGCCUGAAGGCCUCGUACUGGAUGAGGAGCAGGAGAGGCUCCACCAGGGACAUUCCCAGUUCCACAGCAAACCCUGAGGAGCUCCUUGGGGACGAUGCAGAACCUGUGCCCCCCGAAUUCCUGGGGAAAGAGGCCAUCAGGCUCCACAAUAUUAAAAAAGUCUAUAAGAAGAAGGACAAGAAGACAGAGGCUUUAAGAGGUCUGUCUUUAAACAUUUAUGAGGGUCAGAUCACCGCCUUGCUGGGCCACAGUGGGGCUGGAAAGACAACGCUGCUCAACGUGCUCAGCGGGCUCAGCUUCCCUUCGGAAGGCUCUGCCACCAUAUACAACUACAAACUCUCCGAGACGGGAGACAGGGAGGAGAUCCGGGGGAUGAUUGGGAUCUGCCCGCAGUUCAACACGCAGUUUGAGGUCCUGACGGUGAAAGAGAACCUGAGAGCUUUUGCAGAAAUCAAGGGCAUCAAGUCCAAAGAGGUGGAGCGAGAGGUGCAAAACAUUCUGGAGCUGCUGGAUAUCAGCGACAUUCAAGACACUCAGGCUGAAAAACUGAGUGGAGGGCAGAAAAGGAAGUUAUCCAUUGGAAUAGCCAUGCUUGGAAGCCCCCAGGUUUUGUUCCUGGAUGAGCCAACGGCGGGGCUGGAUCCUCUCUCCAGGCACCAGGUGUGGAGCCUCCUGCGGGAGCAGCGGGCGGGGCGGGUGAUCCUGUUCAGCACCCAGUUCAUGGACGAGGCCGAUAUCCUGGCGGACCGCAAGGCUUUCAUCUCGCAUGGGAGGCUGAAGUGUGUUGGCUCUUCUCUGUUCCUGAAGAAAAAAUGGGGGAUUUGCUAUCAUUUAAGGAUCCAUGUCAGUGAGUCUUGUGACCUGGAGAAUCUGACAUCCCUGGUGAAAGGGUACAUCCCCAAUGCCACCUUCUCAGGACACACCCAAUAUGAACUGAGAUAUAAACUGCCUUUAGAAAACGUGAAUAAAUUCCCAGAUCUGUUCAGUGGCCUCGACAGCUCCUCUGAGCAGGGAAUUAUCAACUAUGGAGUCAGCAUGACGACCCUGGAGGACGUGUUCCUGAGGCUGGAGGGAGAAGCCACGGCCCAUCAAGAAGGUGAGCCCGUCCCUGGGGAGGAGUGGGGAGGAGCAGGAUGCGCCGACGAGGCGAGGCCGCGCUCCCUGCUGCUCUCGGACACCGGCACGGCCUCGGUGCAGGGCCUGGCCCUCUGGAGGCAGCAGGUCUCUGCCAUGGCAUGGAUGCACUUCCUGAAGCUCAAGAGCUCGGUGAAGAACCUGCGGUCGAUUUUGCUGCUCUAUGUGGUUUUUCUGCUUCCUCUGGUGUUGCAACUGUGCGUGGUGGCUGGCUGGCAGAGUGUGAGUGCCUGGCAGCUCUCUCCUGCGCGCUACUUCCUGCCCCUGGGGAGGAGAUCCUACCUGGAGACCACCGCCCUCCUGGUCUACAACCACACAGGCACAGGCAUUGACGACUUCAUCCAUGUGCUCCAGAGCCAGGAUCUUACAGUGGAAAUAGCAAAGGAGGAAAAUAUCACAGAGGAACUACAGCACAACGGGGCUAUAAAAGUGUCCCGCCAAGGUCAGAGGUACAGGUUCACCGUGCUGUGCCACUUGGAGGCUGUCAACUGCUUCCCAGUGCUGGUGAACAUCAUCAGCAACGCCCUGCUGAGAACCCUCAACUCCACCGGGCACAUCCAGGUCUGGAGCCACCCCUUCUUCUCUCUGUUCAGUCCAGGAUAUUGGGAUUAUUUCAUGUCCAUUUACCUCGUUUAUAUGAUGCUGUUAGCCCCAGCUUUUCCUCCUCACUUUGCCAUGGGCUACACACAGGAUUGCAAGGCAGGAGCUCGUGCCCAGCUGCGGAUCUCGGGGCUCUUUCCCUCAGCCUACUGGUGUGGCCAGGCACUGCUGGACAUCCCACUCUGUUGGAUCCUGCUCUUCUCCAUGAUUGGGCUCCAGUUUUCCAUGAGCAACAACAUUUCUGGCAGUGCCAGCAUCUUUGUCUUGCUGGUCAUAGGGAUGUUGGGUUAUGGAAUUUCCCUCGUUCUCUUAGUCUACCUGAUCUCCUUCAACUCCCGCAAAGGAUGGAGCUGUGAUCUUUGGUCUUUUAUCCUGAUAUUGGUGUGCUUUAUUUCUUUUUUCAUCGGCAGAAUCAUUGAUCACCUGGAACACCCCAGCACCAGCACCUCUCUCUACACUUUGUCCCUCUUGGUUCCUGUGUACCCCAUGAUGGGUUUUCUGAUAGACUUUGUGAUCAACUCCCAGCUUAUGAUUAAGGACAAUGAGACAUUUAAUAUGGCUUCAGGCAAUCAUAUCCUGAUUGCUGUCUUUGCACCCUACAUCCAUUCUGUGGCGUUCAUUCUUCUUCUUCGCUUUUUGGAGUUAAAAUAUGGAAAAGCAGUGCUGAGACAGGACCCAGUAUUUAGGAUCUCCCCAAGAAAAGAAAGCAGCCAGCAGCACCCCAAGGAGCUCGAGGAGGAGGAAGAUGAUAACUGAAGAAUCAAUGCAGUCCAAGAUAAUAAAUUAAUCUUGUUUCAUCCUCCUCACUUUCAGAAAUCAGUCAUUAUAGUCAGCAACCUGUGCAAGGAAUAUAAUAUAAAGCAAGCUGGCUCGUUUUUUAAGAAGAAGAAGAAAACAGCCACCAAAAACCUUUCCUUCUGUGUUAAAAAAGGAGAAGUGUUGGGACUUCUGGGGCCCAACGGAGCUGGGAAAAGCACAGCUAUCAAAAUGAUCACUGGAGAGACAAACCCAACUGCUGGGCAGGUGCUGAUGAAGAGGGGAGAUGGAGGAGGCUCCCAGGACCGCCAGGAGAACCCGCUCUGGCUGGACCUCACCCCGCAGCAGCACCUGAGCGUCUACGCGGCCGUCAAGGGGCUGCGCAAGGAGGACGCGGCCGCUGCUGUCCACAGAAUUGUGAACGCUCUGCAGCUCCAAGACUACUUAAACAAAAAAGUCAGAAAAUUACCUGCUGGGAUAACCAGAAAGCUGUGUGUGGCACUGUCCAUGCUGGGCAACCCCUCCGUGCUGCUCCUGGACGAGCCCUCCACCGGCAUGGAUCCCAACGGGCAGCGCCAUGUCUGGAAAACAAUCCGGGAUGCCCUGAAAUCCAAGGAGUCAGGAGCCAUCCUGACCACGCACUACAUGGAGGAGGCGGAGGCCGUGUGUGACCGCGUGGCCAUCCUGGUGUCCGGGCAGCUCCGGUGCAUUGGCUCCAUCCAGUACCUGAAGAACAAGUUUGGCAAAGGAUAUCUCCUGGAAAUCAAGGUCAAGGAUCCAGAGAGCGCUGAUGUUCUGCACUCUGAGAUUCUGAGGAUUUUCCCAGGUGCAGCCCGUCAGGAGAGGUUCCCCUCUUUGCUUGUCUACAAGGUCCCAAUGAAAGAUGCACUGCCCCUGUCACAGUCCUUCUCCAAGCUGGAAGAAGCCAAACGGAGCUGCAGCCUUGAGGAGUACAGCUUCUCCCUGAAUACCCUGACUCAGGUGUUUCUGGAGCUCUCCCGAGAGCAGGAAAAGGAUAAUUUUGACCUGACUUUGGAUGGGACUUUCGACUGGAAACAGCUGCAGCAGGAGGACUGUUAAAUGCUGGUUUAUGCCUUGCUCAGUAUUAACCAAACUGCACAUAUUUACUGCCACUCUCAGCGUACCACGGAGAGGGGACCAGGCUCCUCUCUGACAUGGAAGGUGUUUCACCUGCACUCUGCUCCAAGCUGCACUUCCAAAGGCUGGUUGGGAAAACAGUGACUGCUCUGGUGAGAGCUCUCAUCAAGCCAGGCAGGAUGAAGCAGGAGGACUGAAAGCUUUGCAGAAAGAAGGGACCAGAUCCAUCUCUGGGGAUCAGAUUUCUCUGGAUCUGGGUGCAUCAGGGAGUCUGGACACGCUGCUGCCCUCCUGGGUUCCUCCCCCAUCAAAUGUCUGGGACUAUCUGCCUACGACAUGUUCUUACUGGAAUUUGCACUCUGUUCUCAUACCAAUAAACGUCUCUGUAGAAACUGCA